UGAAUGAAAAAGCACGAAGUUGAUAAUGUCCUUAUUGCCAUGCCCGUCUUCCGGGCUUGGCUCUCUGCCCUGCCCGAUUAGUGAUUAGCUCCACCACAAAUCUGAAUCCAAGAUUCGUCGGAGGAGCUGCGCCGCACUAGCUCUGCAGGCAGGAGACGCAUCGACGCCGCCGCCGCCGCCGCCCCUUCCUCUUACUCCCCUAGCUUAGCUUAGCUAGGGAGGCCCGGGGGUUGAGAUCCCAUCCCGUGUACGGGCAAGGGCAAUUAAAGGAGAUGGGGGAGGAGGAGGAGGAUGGUGCUGACUUCCUGCAGUGGCUGGGUCCGGACACCUCCGCCAUCGUCUUCACGCUGCUCCAUCACCCCGCCGACCUUGCCCGCGCCUCCGCCGUCUCCCGCUCAUGGCGCACCUUCGGUCUGCCUUCUGUCCAUCCUCAUUCCUAUUGUCCUGAUACUGAUAUGGAGUAUUGUACUAUGAUUCGUUCGCUUUCUUUUUAGUCCCUAGCGUUGCUUGUAGCACAUAGUGGAAUCAUGAUUGAAUUGCUUGUUGUGAGGAGCAGCAGCAACAUUCUGUCUCCCUCCUUUGAUGCUGCUCAGUGUGUUAUUCCUGUUUCGCCUCAUAUGAUACCAUACAACUUAACAAGUUGGACCAACGCCAUGUUUGCUUCCUCCACACGUGUGAUAAGUUUCCUCCAAAACACACACAUUCAUUUUUGCAUCUAUAUCAAUUUUUAGACCCAAAUAAUAAUAGCAAUUCAGUUUUAAUUGUCAUCCAGUCAUAGCAAACCAGUUCAGCAAGAUUCUGUGCCUGCGAGUCUGUCCCGAGGUUUCCAACUUCACCAGCAUUGAAGCAAGCAGUUCUGGCAGUGAUGUAAAGGAAGAUGUUGGUUCAAGCACUGCUGCUGAGUGGGAGAACCAGAAGAGAGACCACAGGGUUUAUAUGCAUCUUAGCCAUUCUCUUCUCUCACCUUACAAUAGCAGGAAUUGCAUCAUCCGGUGCAUAGGUGCAUCGAGCACCGACAAUUUUCCAGAAGAGACCAUAGAAAAUACCCUUGAACCAAUUGAUCAUGUGGAGAUGAGCCUGUCUUACUGGUCCAGCGGGGGCCAAAGGGAUCCUACAUGCUUGCCCGAAUGCCUCAUAUACAUGCUGCACUCAGAUCUUUGCCUCAUUGAUGAAAUCAAGAUACAGCCAUUCCAAGCAUUUUUCCAGUACGGUGCCCCAAUAUACUCAGCACAGUACGUUCGGUUCCGGAUGGGUUAUCCAAAGUUGCCUCUGCGCCCUGAACAACUUGUAUCCGAUGAGAACGAAGGUCAGCUGAAUGCUGAUGACAACUAUACCUGGACUUAUGCAUCUCCAGAGUUUCCAAUGUUGCAGGUCUGUUUAUUAUAUCUUGUUCCUUUUCCUCUUGAGCGUGAUUUCGUGCGGCAAUAUUGGUAAUAAAUUUUAGGUUGAUAUAGAUCUCUGAAAGAUUGGCGGAGGGUAUUUAUAGGUUUAGUGUUUGCAGUUGCAUUGUAAAUAUCUUUUGGAAGUGAAAGGAUGUGCUCUGUUCUGUUCUAUUCUAGGAGAAUGUCGCACAAUCAUUUAAGCUUCCACACGCUGUUCUAUGCAUCGGUGGGGUGGUGAAGAUUGAGCUUCUCGGGAGGAUUCAGAAACAGGCAAUAGAUGGUCUUUACUACAUAUGCGUGUCCCAUGUCGAAAUAUUGGGGAAUCCGCUGCCGCGAGAGCUAUGGGUGGCUCCUUGCGAGAAUGGUGUAGUCCUCAAGUACCACCCAGAACCUCGAAGAAGCAAUGUGCGCUGCUCUGACGAUGGGCGCAGCCCCACCAACUGGCAUAACUUUGCAACGAGAAUCUGGCAGUCGGGCGCUGGCCGAGGAAUUGGGUGGAACCAAGCGCUGCUGAGUAGGCUGCUGUUCGGGCCUCCAUUGCAGUUGUUGGAGGAAGAUGACGACGACGAUAUAUCAUAGGUGGAGGUGGUUUGACAAGCACUCCUCGCAAACAACCGCUUCUGUUUGAUUUAAGGGGGUGUUUGGUUUCUUAAGGCUUAUUUUAAGUCCUGUCAUAGCGAAUGUUUGAUGCCAUUUGGAAAGAUUAAAUAUAAGCUAAUUAUAAAACUAACUGCAUAAGCCCAGGGCUUAUUUACGAGAUGAAUCUGUCAAGCCUAAUUAAUCCAUGAUCAGCGCAUGUUUACUUAGCAUCGUAUGGGCUAAUUAUGGACUAAUUAGGCUUAAUUAAUCCGUCCCACGAAAAAAUGUUAUGGAAUUUGUUUUUGUCAUUAGUUUAUAUUUAGUACUUCUAAUUAGCAUCCAAACACCACCUUAGGGUUGUUCUGUUUCAUUUCUUCUUGUUGUCUUGCGUGGAAUUGGAAUAAGAGAGCCUAUAAACCACUAGGGCACCCUUUAUUUUAAGUCCUGUCAUACAAUCAUACGUACACCACCUGCAGACCUGCUGCUUCAGCAGACGAUGAACUCCAACAAGCUAGUACAGUCUGCUAUUUUGAUUUGGGGGGAUGCUCCCUUCCCCAAACCCACGCAAAGCUGCUUCAGGCGACAUGCCAUGGCAGCCAUCGCCGUCUUCCGCUACCAACGCCAACGCCGCGCCUCCUCUUGGGCCGCCGCCGUUGCCGACCACGCACGCUCCGGUCGCCCCGCCGCCGCUCUCACCGUCUUCCGCCGCGUCCUCCGAGCUCACCCCACCGUCGCCACCGCCGACCAGCUCGCCUACACCGCCCUGCUCCGUUGCCGCGACCGCCGCUUGGCCUUCCAGAUACACGCCCAGGUGUGCCGUCGUGGCCUGGCCGCCUCCAACCCCAUCCUCGCAUGCUCCCUCCUCGCCUUCUACGCCGACUGUGAGGACAGGGAUAGCGCCACCAGGGUGUUUGACGAAAUGCCGCACCCGGAUGCCGUGUCCUACACCGCCAUGAUCUCCGCCCUCCUCCGCGCCGGGGACUACCACGGGGCGCUCACGCUCUACCCGCGCAUGCUUCCUCUCUGCGCGCCCACUCAGCACACCUUCUCUAAGUUGCUCGCCGCCUGCACCUCCCUGCGCCUGCGCCGCCACGGCACUGUGCUCCACGCACAGCUCCUCCGCUGGGGCUUCUGGGGUCCCCACCUCAGCCUGGUCCUCAAGACCGCGCUCCUCCACAUGUAUGCUGCCUGCGGUGCCAUGGCUUCAGCACGCACUGUGCUCCACGCCACGCACGAAACUGACGUUGUGCUCUGGACGGCCAUCAUCACCGCCUACUCGCGGGCUGGCCACCUCCAGCCUGCUCUGCAGGCGUUCCGUGACAUGGAAAACGCCGCGGUGCCACCCAACGCCUUCACCUAUGCAGCCCUCAUCACUGCCUGCUCCGCAGCCCACUCGCUGCACAUUGGACGGCUGCUCCAUGCCCGCCUCUUCAAGUUUCGUCUGGAGCACGAGACCUCCGCUUGCAAUGCACUCUUGGACUUGUACAGCAAGUCCUCCACACGUUUCCUUGACUUGCUGUACGCUUUCUGCGCGGUCGACUCACCCAAUGUGGUGUCCUGGACUGCCUUCAUCGCUGGACUCGUGCAUCAUGGCAGGGACCAAGACGCGUUUGCAGCAUUUGCUCACAUGCGAGCUACCGGGGUGCAACCCAACUCCUUCACCCUGUCUACUCUUCUAAAAGGCUGCACCUCCGCACAGGCAUGUCAACUCGCUGCAAAAAUCCAUGCGUAUGUGCUUAAGACUAGCUUUGAGUCAUUGGACGCGGCAGUCGGGAACUCGCUGGUUGAUGUUUAUGCAAGAUAUGCAAGAAUGGACGACGCUUGGGAUGUGGCAACCACAAUGUCCUUCGUUAGGGACAGAUUCACAUACACGAGCCUGGCCAAAGGGUUGAAUAAGAUAGGGCUUCACCACAGGGCACUCAAGAUGAUACUUCACAUGUUCCGCGAGGAGGUUGAUAUCGAUGGUUUCAGUCUAGCUUGCUUCCUUUCCGCUGCUGCGACCUUGGCAUCCAUGGAGGCUGGGAAGCAGCUGCACUGCUGCGCAGUGAAGUUGGGAUUGAGCCAUGAUGUAUCUGUCUCCAACAGCCUUAUCGACAUGUACAGCAGGUGCAAGUGUCUGGAGGAUGCUAGGAGUGCUUUCCGGUCAAUCAGGGAACCCAGUGUUGUUUCCUGGAAUUCUAUUAUCUCCGGGCUGGCAUCUAAUGGUUGUCAAGCUGAAGCUUUGUCGACUUUUGAAGACAUGAUUUUGGUCGGCACUCAGCCUGAUGGGGUCACUUUCUCAGUUGUGCUUUCGGCCUGCAGUCAUGGUGGCUUUGUUGACAUUGGAAUAAAACAUUUCAACUCUAUGAUGAAUCAGUUCGGUGUUCCCCCACAAAAGAGCCACUACACAUUAUUUCUGGAUAUGCUGGAACAAGCAGGGCGUCUUACAAAGGUGGCACGCACCAUCGAGUCAGGGGCUGUUCAGCUAGACUUUGUCAAUUUACAGGACCCAGUUGGCAUUUUGCAAGCUCCAUUAUGACCUGGUGGUUGGCAAAUAUAUUGCAAGGAAGGCACUGGAGUUGGGUCCAUCAGAUUCAGUAAUACGGAAUAUGCUUUCAGGCAUCUGUGGUGCUCCUAGGAUACAAGAUCACGGCGAGCAGACAGGUUUGCGGGAUGACAAGGGAUGCAGGUAUCCAAGCUAUGUGCUGCCAAUCAAUUUGUAAAAACUGAGCUUGGGUUCUUGAUACAUAUACCCAACCCAAGGAAACGAAAGUAUUUUUUCUGGGAAAUUUCUUCAGUAUGAGAAAAACAUCUCCGCAUUAAGUUUGUGAUGAAAACAAGGUUAAUUCAGGGUCUGCUUAUUUGUUCUUGAGGAGACACUUCCCCACCUUCAAGAAUUUAUGGAGAUUAUAUUGCACAGAAAAUACAUACAAUACAUGGCAUCUGCCACCUUCACUUAGUUAGCCGGCAGAAAUUAACCAUUUGUCUUAUACAACAAUGCCUAAGGUUGUUAGCCCAGUUGGUGCGAAGCAACUGGCGGCACUCCACAGGUGGGGGGUUCGAACCCCCACCGGGGCGGAUUUACCCCGCCUGUGGGGAAAAAAACCCCUCGCUGUGCUUCCGUUGAGCUUGGUUGUGCGACACGGCUCUUGGGCGACGGAACCUGGCCCAUGUGGCUACGGCCCGGCCCAGUGGGCGACGGAACCCAGCCCAUGAAGGUUACGGACCGGCCCAGGGCCAAGGUGCCGCCAAUCCAAGCCCGGAAGCCGGCUUUCGGGGGUUUUCUCGGCCGGGGUCAACUGGCCUCUUCUUAAUUGAAAGCCGUGGGGGCAGUCUUUCCCCCGCCGGUCGAGUUUUUUUUUAUCAUCCUGCUAACAUACUCAGAUAACAGUGGCUCUAAAUAAUUACUUCUUGCACAAAAGAAAAACCAUUCUGGUCAAUGCAGUCAAUUUUCAACUCAACUAUGAUGCUUCUUGCACAGAGUACUAUAUUUUUGCUAAGCUGAAAUUCAGAAUGCGGUUUGACCUUUCCUGUAACAGUAGAGCUGACAAUCAACCAUUGCGAAAUUUACAGGCUGUACUUUCAGGAUACAUAUUUCCUGAUGUUUUUAAUAAAGGUGAUGUUGGAAAGAAGCAUGGAUAUGAUAACCAGUAUAGCAUCUAUCAUAUGAAAAGUUCUGGCUCAUUGAGUCUUCCCAUAGCACAGCUGGUACUCGUGUGCUGGUUGCUUCUGCCCUCGUUCCUGGUGUAGUUACUGGAAUUGGAAUUUUUCACAGGUGAUGGUUAGUGUGAGCUAUGGCUUCAUUCAAUUGGAAUGAUACAGCAUACAACAGUAAAAACAUGAGUCAUUAGUGUGCCUACCAAUGCCCAUUUUCCUGGUUUCAGUGGUGACUCAUCAAAGAUAUGAACUUUCCUGCAGUGUAUGUGAAAUCAUUGCUAUCUCAGGUAAAGGUACCAUACAGUUAUGGCUCUUUGGCACAAUACACAGUGACAAUUAGAAUAAUAUUUCCUUUGAUUUUAGGUGGGAGUGUUAGCGAAUAGAGUAUUUUGUCCUAUUUUAGGUAGCAUCUUUUUUCUUUUUGACUUAGCUGGGCCAUAGCUUUUGUGCACAGGAUGAAAUGCUGUAAUUGGUUUGCAUGUAUACAGGAUAACUGUUAGAGUCACAAGCGGCUAAAGCUUUUGCGCCCUCCAUUUGUAUUGUAUUGCAAGGGCAUGGGUGCCAGUUAUAAACUUUAUUUUCACUGAAAUCACAGAAAUACUAUUCUAAUGGUUGCCGUGUGCUGUGGCAAAGAGCCAAGAUUUGUGAAGCACAAUUAUUGAACGACUAAAUAGCAAAUUCCAUGUCCUGUGGCAAAUUCUGCCUUUUAAAAAAAGAGUUAAAGCCACUAGCUUAAUGCAAACAGUAAAAAUGAAAGAGAGACAAGAGAGAGGGAGAGAUAUAGGAAGGGAGAGGAGUUGCUACUGGGAGGGUAUUGAUCUCAGCUACCUGAUAAGAAGCACCGCUCCAUUUUCUGAACAUAUGUAGAAGCUGCAGCCCUUGGUAAAGGGGAUGGUGUAUCCAUUCCAUUCUGUAACAAGCAACAUGACGGCGUCAUUGCCCGAUUAUCCUAUCAGAUUUCCCCAUCACUUUGUUAUUUUGAAUUCCUAAUGAAUGAUCUUACCAAGGUGCCACAUUACUGCAGCGGUGUGCUCUGCACCUUGACAAACCUCAUCGAUGGCAAAUUUGACAUUCUUUCCCAUGGAUUCCAUCAGUCUUUUGAAGUAGAUAUGGGGGUAAAUGGGCCUUGAAAUGCAGAUGCUGAACCAGAUGAGAAAAUAACCUUGACAUCCAGUGGCUUAUAAUAUGCGGUAUCCUCCAUGAUGCAAUCAGGGGCAAUCAACUUAUCCAGGCUUUUGCUGUUCUUUUCAUUGAGGGAGGAGUAGAACUCGUGGACGACAUCUGACAGGGGUGAAGAUGGUAAGGUGGCACCUCUGCGGUUGGGGUUGUUGAGUCCGCCAUUUCUGUCUGGUCCAAGUGCUGCGUGUAUAGGCUUUAGGGGAAGUCCUGGUUUCCUUGUGUGAACAGCGCAGCCUGUCUCCUGUCGUCGAGGAGGCCGGAGGCGCAAUUGAGGAGCUGAUUGAAGCUUGAAACAGGGGGAUUGGAAGGUGAUAGAUGGCAAGGUGGAGUUCGUGGCGUUGGCUGUGUGAGCAAAGGGAAGGGGAUUGCUUGCUUGCUUGCUUGCUUGAUGAAAGAAGAGGUCGCCUCUCGCCUGCCUGAAGCUGAAGGGGUGGGAGCUGUGAUGUGUAGAGCUUUCAGCUGGACGAAUUUGCUUGCUUGGCGGUUUAAGAAUAGGAAAGACAGCGUGAUGUGUACAUCGCACUGCACUGCAUUGCAUCGCAUCAUCCAUGCUGCUGCUGCUGCUGUGUUGUCUACGAUGUGAAGCAAGGGAUUGCUUUCUUUGGAUGUAACCCAACUGCAUGCUUAGCCGUAAGUAAGAAUCUUGGAUUAUUCCUUUCUUUUUUGAGAAUUGGUUGUUUUUGUGCAAGUACAAGCUGAGAGAGAGACUUGUCAAUAAAGGAAGAGAAAAACAUUCAUUA